CGCGGGCCUUGACCGGCGUUGGUCCGCCGCCUCCGCCGCCGCGGCGCCUGGACCCGGUUCUUCUGGCCCGGCCCGACCCGGUCUGGCCCCCCCGGGCUCAGCGGCCGCGGGGCCACGGCUCCUGAUGGAAAUUAUAUGAUAUAGACUAUUUGGAUGACAUCUUCCUGAAAGAUCUUCAAGAAUUACAGAAGACAAAAACACUAAUGCAUUUGAGAAAGUGGUAAAGUUUGUGGGGAGGGGAAAAAACUUCUUUCCUGAUCAACUCGUCUGGAUGUUAAGAUGUCUGUGGACAUGAAUAGCCAGGGGUCUGACAGCAAUGAAGAGGACUAUGACCCGAAUUGUGAGGAAGAGGAAGAGGAUGAGGACCCUGGGGACAUAGAGGACUAUUACGUGGGCGUAGCAAGUGAUGUGGAGCAGCAGGGGGCCGAUGCCUUUGAUCCUGAGGAGUACCAAUUCACCUGCUUGACCUACAAGGAGUCCGAGGGUGCCCUCAAUGAGCACAUGACCAGCUUAGCCUCUGUCUUAAAGGUAUCUCAUUCAGUUGCUAAACUUAUAUUAGUUAAUUUCCACUGGCAAGUCGCAGAGAUAAUGGACAGAUACAAGUCUAAUUCUGCUCAACUGCUCGUUGAGGCUCGAGUUCAGCCCAAUCCGUCAAAACAUGUCCCCACAAACCAUCCCCCUCACCACUGCGCAGUGUGUAUGCAGUUUGUGCGGAAGGAAAACCUACUGUCUCUGGCCUGUCAGCACCAGUUUUGCCGCAGCUGCUGGGAGCAGCACUGCUCCGUACUUGUCAAGGAUGGCGUGGGUGUGGGUGUCUCUUGCAUGGCUCAGGACUGCCCGCUUCGAACACCAGAGGACUUCGUGUUUCCAUUGCUGCCCAAUGAAGAAUUGAGAGACAAAUACAGACGCUACCUCUUCAGGGACUAUGUGGAGAGUCACUACCAGCUCCAGCUGUGCCCUGGUGCUGACUGCCCCAUGGUUAUCCGGGUACAGGAGCCCAGAGCUCGCCGAGUACAGUGCAAUCGGUGCAACGAGGUCUUCUGUUUCAAGUGUCGUCAGAUGUAUCACGCCCCCACAGACUGCGCCACAAUUCGGAAAUGGCUCACGAAGUGUGCAGACGACUCUGAAACAGCCAACUACAUUAGUGCUCACACUAAAGACUGUCCCAAGUGUAACAUCUGCAUUGAGAAGAACGGAGGCUGCAAUCACAUGCAAUGCUCCAAGUGUAAACACGACUUCUGCUGGAUGUGUCUAGGAGAUUGGAAGACGCACGGCAGCGAGUACUAUGAGUGCAGUCGGUACAAGGAGAACCCUGACAUUGUCAAUCAGAGCCAGCAAGCCCAGGCCAGGGAGGCCCUCAAGAAGUACUUGUUCUACUUUGAGAGGUGGGAAAACCACAACAAGAGCUUGCAGCUGGAGGCACAGACAUACCAGCGGAUUCAUGAGAAGAUUCAGGAGAGGGUCAUGAAUAAUCUGGGGACGUGGAUUGACUGGCAGUACCUACAGAAUGCUGCCAAGCUCUUGGCCAAGUGUCGAUACACCUUGCAGUACACGUACCCAUAUGCAUACUACAUGGAGUCUGGACCCAGGAAGAAGCUGGCCCUGCCCCGGCUACAGCCCCCUCUCCUUUUGACCCUCCUGCUCUACCCAUACAGUUUGAAUACCAGCAGGCUCAGCUGGAGGCUGAGAUCGAAAACCUGUCAUGGAAGGUGGAGCGCGCAGACAGCUAUGACAGAGGGGACUUAGAGAACCAGAUGCACAUAGCAGAGCAGCGGAGGAGAACCCUGCUGAAGGAUUUCCAUGACACCUAGGUUGGGACAUGGACGUGCCAGAGUGAGGAAGAUGUGGCUGCGAGGUCUCCCGGCUGCUGUACUGCAUGCUGCAGGCUCUGCCUUUCACAACCCCAGGCAACAGCCAGGGCCCCACUCCUGAGAGACACUGGCCACACACCUCUUAGUCGAUUUCUGUUUUUUUUUCCCUCGUCUUUUUGCUUUUUGUUUUUCCCAGGGUAGAGGCCAUGUUGAACUGGCCUCUUCUCAGGACCUUUAAUUCCCCCUGGAUGGUUGUUGGGAGGGAGGGAGAGUUUUUUCUGAAUGACUAUUAAUAGGAUUAGAUCAUUACAACUUAUAAUUUUCAAAGGUUGUACAAUUAUACAAAAAUGGGGGGCAAACAAACCAUAGAAUUACACAGAACCCUUUUUAAAAAUAAAUUGGCAUUGGAGUGUUUUAACCUCUAGCUAUUUUACUUAGAAUGUAACAUAUGCUGCCUGCUCACCUUGCCUCAGAAUCUCUACUCCAAGAGGGUCCCGGUGGUCUUUGCUUGCCAGAUUCAUGUGUUUAGCCACAGCUAGAGUCCCAAGGGAAGAGCAUGGGGUGGCAGAUGGUGGGAAAUUGAGUUGCCCUGAGUUAUAGGCAUGGAGCGCAGGGAAUCACAUCGUGCCUCCUGCCUGGUCCUCAUAGACCCUUUUGUGGUCAGGUGCACUGCCUUACGUUGGCAGUGAGGAGACAAUACAGAAUGGAGUCUUGCCAUGGGGUGUCAUCCUGUCUGUUGGCACUGUGUGUCUGUGGACUCAUCUUAAUUCUUGAAAGUGAGCUUUACCUGGGUCUGGCUACUCAGGCCAGAGCCCACAGCAGAACACGUAGGUGGGCUUGUGGCCCUCCAGACCAGGGGAUGUGAGUUCAGCACAGUUUUCUUUUGUUUUCUAAAGAUAGAGAUCCACUUUUAAAGGGGAUUGUUCCCCCAAAUAAAUUUGUUUUACCUUGGUUCCUUC